GUUUUCUUCGUCCCUCUUCGGAGCCGACCGCGCCGCUCGAUCUCCGGAGGCGGGACAAACGGAAGACAACCGCUCCUUCCGGCUUCCGAGCUCACCGCCGCGAGCUCCUCUGCUUUUCUCCUUCUUCUUCUUCCCUAGGGUUUCCGAAGCUCACCUCCAAUGGCGAGCGUGAAGUCCGCGGACGCCUCGCUUUGGUGGGACCCCUUCCCUGCUCUGCUCACCGAGCUCGAGAACGUCCCGCUCUCCUCCGACCUCCCUCCGCAUCUCUUGAAGAAGCUGAAGGAGGAUCGAGCUUGGUUCGUUGAUACAUUGUCGCUGUUCAAGCCGCCGAACGAGAAGUCCAGAGAGGCUCUAAACUCCCAGCAGCUCAAAAUUGGGAGUCAUGAAUUGAAUAUAAAGUCCGAACUCAAGGACAAGGCUCUGCAGAUCAGUUCCUCUUUAGGUUUAGAUGAGGUGCAAUCUUACAUUCUCGUGGAGAGGUCGACUGAGCAUGUACAUGUACCCCUUGAUUCUGUAGUUCAAGAUUUUACUCAUUUGAUAUUGCUUCAGUAUUACAUUGAGCGGCAGUGCUUGCUGAAGUGCACAAGGCGGAUUCUUAUGCAUGCGUUAUGUGCUGAAGAUGGUCCGAGAGGAUGCUUUGCUAUACAGAAGGAGGCGCUAGAAUUGAGUUCUACUGGACUUGAUGGUAAAUUAGUGGCACUUUUGGAUAAACUAUUAUCCUCCACACAUCCCGAGCAAAUGGGGGUUGAUCUUUUUACUUUGUGGGCCGAGGAGACACUCACCGAGGACAAUCUGAUUUUGGAAAUCUUGUUCCUCAUUUACUAUGAACCUUUUUGCGCAUGUAAUGCUGAAAAAUGGAAGAAGUUGUGCUCGCUCUAUGAGGGAAUCUCAUCUGGAUCUUGUAACUUUGAUAAGUUGGCUGUAUCGGCUGAAGCACUAAAUUCUUCUCAGAAUGUCAAAGUUCAGCUACUGUUUAUCCUCAUAGAAACUCUAGAUCUGGAAAAUCUUCUUCAAAUGGUACAUGAUGAAACGCCAUUCAGGCUGGGCAUAUCUGCCUUUUCUUUGUCCGAUAUCCAGGAGAUUGAUGCAAUAGUUUCUAGCAUCAGUCCUUUGGAAAUGAGAGAUGCAGGGCCAUUAUUUCUCGCUUGGGCAGUGUUCAUUUGCCUGGUUAUGUCUCUUUCAGGGCCAGAGGAGAAUAAUGUCUUAAUGGACAUUGACCAUGUUGGUUAUGUUCGCCAAGCCUUCGAAGCUGGAUCCUUGAAUUUCUUUAUGGAAAUUCUUCAAAAUGUCAUCUUAAAGGAAUCUGAUGGAUCGUUUGCUGGUUAUCGAAGUGUCCUGAGAACAUUCAUAUCUGCAUUUAUUGCAUCCUAUGAAAUCAAUUAUCAGCUAGAUGACAGCACCUUCAAUUUGAUUUUGGAUAUUCUUUGCAAACUUUACCGUGGAGAGGAGUCACUGUGCAUGCAGUUUUGGGACGGGGAAAGCUUUAUUGAUGGACCUAUUCGGUGUCUUCUUUGCAAUGUGGAGGGUGAAUUUCCUCAGAAGACUGUGGAGCUUGUUCGUCUUCUGUCAUCUCUAUGUGAUGGAAAUUGGCCGGCAGAAUGUGUGUACAACUUCUUGGACAAAUCUGUUGGUAUAUCAUCAUUGUUCGAAAUUACCGAUGAUUCCUUGUUGGAUGGCACUUCUCAAAUUGUUGAGACACGCUUGCCAUUGCAUGUACCUGGAGUUGAGAGUUUGCAAAUUCCUAGUAAAACUCGAGGUCACGUUCUAAGAGUAGUUGGUAGAAAUGUUGCCCUUGUGCGCUGGGAGUAUGGAAUAUCUGGAGUCUUUGUGUUGCUCUUGCGUUUGGCACAACAACUGUAUAUAAAUAGGAAUGAGGAAGUUUUUCAUAUUCUUGACCUGUUUAACCGAAUGGUGUCUUUCAACACGGGCCUAUGUUUUUCUCUGAUGAACCUGAACACUUCUUUGUAUGUGCAAUCGACGUUCUUAAAUGUGCAGACAGGCCAGAAUAUGUGGGUAGUUGAGGUGAUCUGUUCCUUGUUCAGGAAUCUGUAUCCCUCUUCUGCUAAUGCUGCUUUGAUUUCCAUGGGGAUCAAUUUUCUGGCAAAGAUGUUGAAGUGUUCCCCUUCUAGUGUCUCUGCCGUGGCGUUAAAGGGUGAUAUCUUUGACAUGGUUUCUUCAAUAAAUUCUUUUGCGGAGGAUUAUAACGGUUCAUCAAGUUCAUGGUUUCUUUCAGGGAAAUUAGCAAAGAUGCUUUUAAUUGAUUGUGAGCAUAAUGACUAUGAUUGCUCGUUGACGAUCUCAGUUCUUGAAUUCACCAAUCAGCUUGUAGAAAGUGGACUAGAGAGUGGCGCUGUCUAUGCUUUACUAGUUUUCUCCCUUCAGUACAUUCUUGUUAAUCAUGAGUACUGGAAAUAUAAGGUGAAGCGUCAUCGUUGGAGAGUAACACUUAAGGUCCUUGAAUUAGUGGGAAAAUGCAUUAUUUCAUCCUCAUAUUCCAAGGGAGUGGCUGACGUCAUCCAGAAUAUACUGCUCAGUGAUUCCUCUAUUCACAGCACUUUCUUCCGAAUUGUUUGUACGACAUCACAAUCAUUAGAGCAACUAUAUGUAAGCCGCCUCAUUGAUGUGGCAGAGAUUGAAGGGUUACAGCUUGCCAUACUUUCUGCCUUGGAUGUUUUGCAUGUGUUGCUCUUGAAAUUCUCAAAGGAUAACUUUUCCAGCCUUCCUUUGUUCCACCAAGCCAUGCUAUCUUCUAGUACCAAGCCUAUUCCAGUUGCUGCAGCUGUUAUUUCAUUUAUAUCAUAUUUCCGUAACCCUGCAAUACAAGUUGGUGCUGCUAGGGUGCUAUCAUCAAUGUUAUUCGUUGCAAAUGAUUUGCAGCAGCAAUUAUCUGGGAUUGCAUGCUUUAGUCCUGAUGAUAAGCAGAUUAUGGAGCUAAGACAUUCUCUUGGCGACAUCCUUCUGGAGAAAUCACUAUGGGAUGAAGAUCUCUUCUUAGCUACAGUAGAUAUGCUUACUUCUGCAGCACGUUUUCAGCCUGCUUUUCUUCUUGCCAUUAUUGAUGUCAAGGAGGCCGCAGAUGCACCAGCAGGUGAUGCUGUAGCUGUGGCAGAGUCAGCGAAUGCAUCUCCCAGAACAGCAGACUCAAAAAGUUCAAGCGUAUUGAAUGCAGUUCUGCAAUUUGUAGAAAAAUCUGCUGAGCUUGUGGAGAGCAAACCACAAAUAUUGCUCACUGUACUUGAAUUCCUGAAAGCUUUGUGGGAGGGGGCUGCACAAUAUUCAGCGAUAAUUGACCAUCUGAAAGACUCCAAAAAUUUCUGGAAACAUUUAUCAAGCUCUGUAUCUUUCAGUGUACCCAAGGAAAGUCAUCGGCCGAAAACUUGGACAGAAAAGGACUCUGAAAGCUUAGCAAAUAGCUUUCACUGUCAAGGUGCAAUUCUAGAAGUGAUGGCGCACAACCUAUUUCUGCAGAAAAAGUUGCUGCUUGCUGAGUCACAUAUAAAACGAGCCAUAGAGAAGGCAGGCCACACUGUAAGCACCGACAAGUCAAGAGCAGCAGAUCCAAGUGAUUGUGCUGAUAUUUUCUUCAAGUGGAGUGAGAGCUCUGUUCUGCAGAGCAUGGUCAAGAUAUAUUCUUCUUGUGAAGAUGAUGGUGAAGUGAGUUCUCAUGUAAAGAUAGCCGCCAGUUUAUUUGCUGUGCAUGUGAUGGUGAAAUUAACUGCUGGUGAUGUGGGAAGUCUGUCUAUAUCGUUGCUGGAUCGGAUUGGUGCUCUCUAUAAAGAGUUGAGAGGCCAGCCUGCUUUUUCUGAAUUGCUUGGUCAAUACUCAAAGCAUCGGUACAGUGAAGGCAAGGAACUGGAAACUCUAAUACUGAACGAUCUCUACUAUCAUAUGCAAGGAGAGUUUGAAGGUCGUAAGAUUGGCCCGGGACCAUUCCAGGAGUUAUUUCUCUCUCUGGUUCGCUCGAAUAUAUGGGAGAGGUAUUAUGAGUGGAACUACAAGACCAAACUCUUGGACUAUCGGAAAAAGAUCAACUUGUUUGAUACUGCGAAAGUACGAGCUGACUUGAGACUGGAUUUGUGGGAUCAUUCCAAUUGGAAGGCAUCCAAAGUAGUUGCAGAGACAAUGUUGCAGUGCAUGGAGGAAACAAACUGGAUGAUCAUAUUCUCGGCUUCAAAGCUUUCUGCCUUGAAAGCACUGACAACACUCUUAGCUGUGUAUGAGGAAGAUGCACUGGGCAGAAACACUGGAAAUGGAAGAAAGAUCCCUGAUAAACUGGUUCUUUCUUGCAUUGAUCAAAUGUGUGAAUCUUUCCACUCCACAUUGCGAUCACUAGGCCCGACCAUGGAAGCUUCUGAAGACAUUUUGAAGUUUCUUGCUGCCCAAGCUGAACUAAUCAUUCAUCUAAUCAGAAAAUUGUCGAAAAGCCCUCCUUUACCUGUUUGUGUGCUCAUUCUGAGGACUUCUGGUUCUGCCCUUAAAGUGUUGGGUGAGAUAAAGCCUGUAGUUAAGGGCAUUAAAACAACGUUGAAGCUUGGUCUUAUGUUGCUUCUCUUAUCAUUGGAGUUUAGUUGCAGCUAUUACAGUACAGGUGGAGCAGUUGAUAUGGAUUCAGUGAAAGAGACGGCUGAAUUUUCAAACUUAUGUCUCGGGCACAUACCUAUUCUUUGCAGCUGCAUUAUGAUUCCCGAGCUUUACACUCUUACUCUGACUGCAGUCGACUUAAUAUCGAGGAACUUCUUGAUGCCCAAUACCUGGUUCCCCAUCAUUCAAGCUCAUCUUCCCCUGCAGCACAUCAUCUCGAAGCUUCAUGAUAGAAACUCUGCGAUCCCGAGUUCGAUAACGCUAAAUUUCCUUUUGACCCUUGCUGUGGUGAGAGGAGGUGCUGAGAUGCUUCUCAGUUCGGGUCUUCUCUCGUCUCUCAGAGCAUUGUUUUCGGCAAUUAACGAAGAGAGGAAUCUGUCUGUUUCAUCCAAUGGAACUGAAGGGGGUGAAGGGGUGUGGGGGCUCGGCUUAGCUGUUGUAGCAGCAAUGAUACAUUCUCUUGGGGAUACUUCUUCUUGCAUCAACAUUGUAGACAGUGAGAUACCCUACUUCUUCUCGGACCAGGCUUAUCUAGUUUCUUAUUAUCUCGACGCCCCAGACCUACCCUCUGGUGAUCAGGACAAGAGGAGGCCUCAGGCUCAAAGGACUCAGACCUCUCUCACUGCACUUAAAGAAACAGAGCAUGUUCUCACGCUAAUGUGUGUUGGGGCUAGGCAGUGGAACUCAUGGGUGAAGGCUAUGAAGGAAAUGGACCCGCAUCUCCGGGAAAAGAGUAUUCAUCUUUUAGCCUUCAUUAGCAGAGGAAAUCAACGAUUUGGAGAGUCUCUUGGAUGGAAUGCUCCUUUCUUGUGCCCUCCAGUCUGCAAAUCGGAGAUGGACGAUUGCAAGAAACCGCCAUUCGUGAACAGCAAAAAUGGGUGGUUUUCGCUUUCACCUCCUGGGUGCUUAUCCGUUUCGAAGUUCUCUUCUGUUUCGACUUCUGUAAUGGCUCUCGUCCAGAAGGACCGAGCUCCUGAAAAAUCGGAAACUGUCUCUGCCACAACUUUCUCGGACACUGUUGCCUUGCAGAUCUAUAGAAUUGCAUUUCAUCUUCUAAAGUUUCUCUGCUUGCAAGCUGAGGGUGCAGCUAAGAGGGCCGAGGAAGUGGGGUUUAUUGACCUUGCCCAUUUCCCUGAGCUGCCGAUGCCUGAAAUCUUACACGGGUUGCAGGAUCAGGCAAUUGCAAUCGUGACUGAACUAUGCGAGGCCAGCAAAGCCAAGCAAAUGAAUCCAGAGACCUGUAGCAUCUGCAUCUUGCUUCUGCAUAUAUUGGAAAUGGCCCUGCACUUGGAACUCUGCGUGUUGCACAUUUGCGGGAUAAGACCCGUCCUAGGGCGCGUGGAGGAUUUCUCGAAGCAAGUCAAGCCCUUUGUAAAAGCAAUCGAGGGCCAAGAUUUUCUAAAAUCGUCUCUCAGUUCCUUGAAACGGAUAAUGUCGCUCGUAUACCCGGGUUUGUUGCAGGCUGAGGGCUUACUUUGAGGUACUGACGUGUACAUACAUUGUAUAUGUAUGUCUUACCUAGAGCUGUAGAGAUUAGAUGUUAGUAUGUAGAUUGAUACAUUUGUAGCAAUAGACGCGGUCCUAGCUGUUCGAGUCCUCGGGUUUUGUAAUAUCGGGUUUAAAUAUUUCGGUUCAACAUGUGAAUCCAAUACGAGUUGCAGAGGACUCUACCGAACCCUUUUGAAAGUUUCGGGGAUUGAAUCACCAAAUCGGUGUCUUUGUGGGACUAAAUUGUAAUAGAAACAAAUUGGGAUUGGAUACCGUGCACCGUGAUAUGUGGUGGACAACGUCAUGUGCCCGAGAUUUGUCAUAAAGUGUCGCCUUAGUCUUAGUUGCAUUUAUGUGAUAAAAAUUGAAACAAUUAUUGCUCUACAUCGUAUUUAUGUUUUGAA